UUAAAAAAGUUUUCAAGGACUUAAAGUUGGCCUAAGAGUUUGCUGUUACUACAUUGACACGCUUGAAUGGAGUUUGAUGAUAGCCUGCUGUUUGGAAGCAGCCGAGUGUUGCUUGAGGACAGCAAUAGGGUGUACAUGGAUCAGCAGCAACAGGACUACCUGGAGGAGUCCCUAAUGCUGCCCGACUCCGCCUCCCUCCUAUACAAUGCCACGACACAUCAGAUGCAGGUCGAGGAGGCAACCACCGGAUAUGGAUCCACCACCACGCUCAAUGGCCUGGAGUUGGAGAACUUUAAUAUCACCGUGAUGAUGAACUUUAGUUGCGACGGCGAUGACAUUCAGUCGGAGGACCUGUGGUCCAGUGUCUACUUUAAGACCACUGUCUACCUCCUAUACAUCCCCAUAUUCAUCUUCGCCCUGAUCGGCAACGGAACUGUUUGCUUCAUCGUUCAGUCAACGCCUCGUAUGCGCACUGUUACCAACUACUUUAUAGCCAGCUUGGCACUGGGCGAUAUAUUGAUGUCCCUUUUCUGCGUGCCCUCGUCCUUCAUCUCGCUGUUCAUCCUCAACUACUGGCCCUUCGGCGUGGUGCUUUGCCACUUUGUGAACUACUCUCAGGCGGUCUCCGUGCUGGUCACCGCCUACACUUUGGUGGCCAUCAGCAUUGAUCGCUAUAUAGCCAUCAUGUGGCCCCUAAGGCCCCGCAUCACAAAACGUUAUGCUACACUAAUCAUCAGCGGCGUUUGGUUUGUUGCACUUGCCACGGCAUUCCCAAUACCACUUGUCUCCGGCCUUGAGAUGCCUCUGUCUCCAUGGCACGAGAAAUGCGAAAAAUACAUUUGCCGCGAAAUGUGGCCUUCGCGGACGCAGGAGUACUACUACACGCUGUCCCUCUUCACGCUGCAGUUCGUUGUGCCGCUGGCGGUGCUGGUCUUCACCUACACCCGGAUCGCCAUCCGCGUCUGGGGCAAACGGCCGCCCGGCGAGGCGGAGAACACCCGCGACCAGCGAAUGGCCCGCUCUAAACGCAAGAUGAUUAAGAUGAUGCUAACGGUUGUGAUUGUAUUUACCAGCUGCUGGCUUCCCUUCAAUAUUUUGCAGCUUUUGCUGAACGACGAGGAGUUCACGCGCUGGGUGCCGCUGCCGUACGUGUGGUUCGCGUUCCACUGGCUGGCCAUGUCGCACAGCUGCUACAACCCGAUCAUCUACUGCUACAUGAACGCCCGCUUCAGGGGCGGAUUCAUUCAGAUAAUGCACCGGGUGCCGGGCCUGCGUCGCUGCUGCUGCGUGAACCGCUUCCUGCGGAGCGGCGGCGAACGCAGCUACGAACCUACCGGUGAGAUGCAAGUCAAGUACCAACGCCAAGUCGGUGAUGGUCUAGUCAGGAAACCCAAAAUACGCAUUAGGAACGGCCACAGCAUUCCAUCUUCAACGUAUGAACACAUGCAACACCUACAUCAGCACCCGUCGAAAGUUACGAGCGAAUUCUACGCAAGUGAACCGAUCUUCGUGUGCCGAGACGUCAGCCCUGCGGUAGCUGCCAGUUCAGCAGCGGAAUCACCUGCCCAGCGAGCGGCAAAUGUUGGUCCAGAUAAAGUAAUUGGCAACAGCGCGGAGUUUUAAAUCGAAGAAUAACCAUUACCAAAGAACGAAUCUCCCACAGACACCUGUCUGCUAAGUCUAUAUGUGUGAGUGUGUGAGUGUCCGAGUGUUUUACCUGUGUUUUAAGUGUCCACUCAAUGUAAUUUUACUGAAUGUAUGUUAAAGGUAAUCAUUUAAAAGUAUAUAUGUAAAAUAUUCACAAAAAAAUAAGUGAUCGUAAUGAGCAAGUUCAAAUAAAGCCCCGAAGUAUGCAAUGCAAAUU